AUGAUGCGAGAUACCGACCCUUCUUCGCCUAAGGCGACGAAGAAGCGCCGGAGUCGCAUAGCUUGCAAACGCUGCCAUGACCGGCGUGUCAGGUGCGAUGUGUCCGUUAUCGGCACUCCAUGUUCAGGCUGCACCGCCUCCAAUCUGGACCUUGAGUGCCAAAUACUCAAUUCAAAGCGCGUACGAGGUGGAAAUGGGCGAUUUUCAACCCGCGAUGUACCAGAAAUGCCCCAGAGACCUCUCACACCACUCGAGAGCAUCUCCGGGCAGACCGAAAGGGAAGAAAACCCCCCAUCUCCAGAGGAGACAGAAGACAGCGGCUCAACUUCCCAACAAGUGCCUGCAGAUGAGACCGACAUAUGGUCCAGGGUUGUUUCAUAUCAGACCAGGCUGCCAUCGGAUGGCCAACGCGUUGUUUACGUUGGCGAGCCAUGGACUCUUGCAUAUGUAAUGCAAUGGAAAGGGCGGCAACGCCAGGGCAUGGCUGAUGUGGCCGGAUCUCCAAACGGACUUUCAACUGAAUCUCCAACUGCUGUUCAUGUCUCAGUGCCCAUCGAAAAUCAUACCUCUCCCGACUCACAGCUGCAAUCCCAAUCCUCAACGACUACAGUUUCAACCGCCAAUGCAUCAAAUCUCCCGGCCGAUAUCCAACGGGCUCUUAUCAAAUCAUAUUUCUCUCGGCACAACAUUUUAUACCCAGUCUUGGAUAACCGUCGUUUCAGCGAGUUGUCUCGCUCUCAUACUGUUGAUCCCUGCCUACACCUUGCCGUUCUCUAUGCCGGAGCACUUCACGUUCCUGACCCCAUCAUUUACCGGGCUGGCUUCGAUAGCCGACAAGCAUGUCUUAUUUCUCUCUACCGGCGAGCAAAACAUAUCUUCUUUCAAAAUGACGACGACGGCACGGUGGAUCAGCUUUCUUAUAUUCAAUCAGCCUUUUUACUACAUAACAUGUGGCAGGGCCCUAAUGCUACCUUGAAUCCAUGGACGUGGUUGGGACUUGCGAUACGUAUGGCUCAAAACAUUGGUAUGCAUCGGAGCACCCAGUCAUCCUCGCUACCCGAAGCGGAUAAACGCUUAUGGAAGCGAAUUUGGUGGUGUCUUUACACCAGAGACCGACAAAUAGCAAGUGCUCUGGGAAAACCGCUGAUGAUUCGAGAUGAGGAUUGUGAUGUAGAGCCCCUGACGUUAGGGGAAUUUGAGGAAGGCGACUCUGAACAGACAAAAUAUUUUGUGAUCGAGCAGGCAAGGCUAAGUAUUCUAUGUGCGUCGCAAUUUCCGAAGUUUUCUCUACUCAGCUUUCUAAUCAAGGUCCAGUCGGUACUACUAUAUCCAAGCUCUUCGCUGUGUCUCCACAUGAUUCAGCUCAGCGGGAUGCAAGCAGAACCAGUCUCAUGCAACGAGUGA